AUGGCGGCGGCUCGGUGGGGCCGCCUCGGGAUCCCGCUCCUCCUGCUGCCGUGGUCCGGGCUUCUGUUGGCGGCCGAGCAGGUCGCUCUUGUGGAGGUGUUCCUGGACCGGGCCGGGGUCAGCGCCCUGCUCCGGGGGGAGGUGGUGGGAUCCAGCGGGGGCAGCAGGAGCCCCGAGGGGCUGCAGGGGGACCUGGUGUUGGUGGGAGAUGAGGAGACGCGGCUGGAUGAAGGGAACGAUGAAGACGAGUUGAAGGAGCAGGAGGUCUGGAUCGGAGUGGUUCCCGUGGAGAUGGACGACAGCAAAGCGUCCACCUGGAAGCAGGAGUCCUUCGCUGACGCCGUCAUGAAGCGGGCCUUGGUCCUUGGAGCUUCAGCGCUGAUCAUCCUGGUUCUGAACCAGAACACGGUCAGUGAGAUGGAUUUGUCUCAGGUUCUGUCCAAGCCUGUCGUCGUGGUCCAGACGUCUGAGAACGUCACCAAGCUGUUCGGAGCGCUGCUCAGGGGUCUUCGAGCGACGGCUAAAAUCACCUUCGAGACGAUCCUGCAGGACAACCUGGGAGCCACGCUCACGCUUUGGUCCAGCUGUGGGCGGUCCAGAGGGGGUCUCUACGGAGAGUGGCAGGGGGUCAUUUGCACCGGAGAGACCAACUCUCAGGUCCAGAAGUACCUGCAGCAGCUGUGGGACACCAUCCUCCUGGUGGUUCUGAUCAUCUGCACCGGAGUCCUGGUCCAGGCUCGUUGGCAGAACCAGGACCACCAUCUCAACAACGACUUAGAGCUUUUUCCAAAGCAGGACGUCCUUCAGACCUUGUUGUCACUGAAAACCAAAAGGUACCGUCAGCCCAAACCCUGGCGUGACCCGUCCAACCCGAUAGAGACAGAUAACUGCGCCGUCUGUCUGGAGCCGUUCAACAACAACCAGUGUCUCCGGGUCCUCCCGUGUCUCCAUGAGUACCACCGGGACUGCGUGGACCCCUGGUUGUUGCUGCAGCACACCUGUCCUCUGUGCAAACGCAGCAUCCUGGGCAGCGUCUGCAGAGACCGCUGA